AUGACCAAGUUGAAAGAACCAGUCGAAUUUGAGGAGAUCUCAAGGCCCAAGACACGAACAAGAAGGGUUCUGUCAAUCCAGUCUCAUGUGGUCCAUGGAUAUGUGGGUAAUAAGGCUGCAACCUUCCCAUUGCAGUACAGAAGUUGGGAUGUAGAUGCUUUGAACACUGUACAGUUCUCGAAUCACCCGGGAUACGGUUCAUUCAGUGGGUUUAGGUCGAAAGCAGGUGAUAUCGAUGAUAUAUUAGAGAAAGGACUUCUUAAUGGGCUACAUAUGAAGUAUGACGCAGUUAUGAUAGGUUACUUACCAUGCGUGGAAAGCUUGAAGAUUACAGGACAGAGGAUUGGUGCACUAUGUCGCCAGGAUCCACAGAUUAAAUGGAUCUUGGACCCUGUGCUGGGUGACAACGGUAAACUGUACGUUGCUGAAGAGAUCGUACCUAUUUACAAGAAGAUCCUUCAAAACAGUGGCGUUUUCCUUGUUACUCCAAACCAGUUCGAGAUGGAAAUACUCACUGACGUCAAGAUAGACUCUCUUGAUGCAUUGUGGACCAGUUUUGAGCAAUUCCAUCAGAAAUACCCAAAAGUCGACAAGAUAGUGGUGACAAGCCUCGAGUUUCCUGUCAGCCAGGAACAUGCCGAACGGUACAUUUACAGCGCAUGCUACGAUACCACUGCAACCUCCGGGAGGAUAAACUAUUUCAAAGUACCCAAGAUUGAUGCCCAUUUCAGUGGUAGCGGCGAUCUCUUCAAUGCAUUGCUACUAGACCUUGUGCUUCCCGUGGACUAUACAGAGAGCAUCGAUCUUCCUAACACUCUUUGGACAGUCUUGCUGCUGGUUGACAAGAUUUUAAGAAGGACUUUGCAGUUGUCUUACUCUCAAGACCCUUCUACUAAGAGUUCUGUUGUAAUCAAUGAUCUAAAGCUCAUACAAUGCCAAGAGUUGCUUGAUCCGAGCUGCCAAAUCGAGGAACCGUUCAAUGCCAUCAAGAUGCCACAAGAAUCAAUCAAGUAA